CAAAUCGCAGUAUACUAAUUGAAGUAAGGCACAAUAUUAAUUUCCACUUCUUCAAAUCCCCAUAUAUUAUGCAUACUUUCAUAAUACAUCUCAACUUGUAUACACUCUGGUUUAUACUCGUAUCAGGGAGCUCUUCAGCUAUCGAUUACCGAUACGAGGCAUGCUGGCCAAGAAGCUGCAGCAACGGCCCGAACAUAAGCUUCCCUUUCUACAUCAAAGGCCUCCAAAAACCUUACUGCGGCUUCCCCGGAUUCAUGCUCAACUGCUCCAGCAACGGAUUCCCAUCUCUUCACAUCUCAGAAACCGAAUUCAUAGUGAAGGAGAUAUCCUACGAAACUCGAUCUCUCCGCGUCGUCGAUUCUGCAGCGCUGAACUCCGACAGCAAUGGCUGCGUUCCGACAAUCAGAAACGUGUCGAUUCCGACAGCACAGUUCGAUUUCGGUGAAAACGUAACGAAGCUCCGGUUCUUCUCCAACUGCAGCGGCUCGAUGUUUGAGGGUGGUGUUGGCUGCGAUGGAGGUGGGAGGAUUGUGACGAUGUAUGAAGGGGAUGAGUUGGUGGGAGAAGCGCUGAGGAGGUGUGGGAGGAAUACGGUGGCGGCGGUGGAGGGUACUGGUGGGGAGGUGGUGGAGGUUUUGAGGAGAGGGUUUGUGAUGAAAUGGAGAGCGAGUGAGUGCGGCGCGUGCGAGCGGAGUGGGGGGCGCUGCGGCUUCAAUGAGACCACCUACUUGUUUAGGUGCUUCUGCCCGAACCGGCCUCGCUACUGGUUGUGCAGAUCCGAAAAGGAUAGGCCCAGAUUGUUAAUGCCAGCCGCUAUAUUCGGAGGUGCAGUGUGCCUUCUCUGCAUAUUAAUCGCAUUUUUGAUCUGGCAAUGCAAGAAGAGAAGAUCGAAAAGUGGACCCCAAACCACAAACUCGGAUAUUCAGGAAUCUAGAAGCUUCUACUUGGGAGCCAAGAUAUUCUCUUACAGAGAACUAAUGGUGGCCACAGAUUCCUUCAGUUCAUCAAAAGAGGUCGGAGACGGAGGCUACGGAACUGUAUACUACGGCAAACUGAGCGACGGGAGAGAAGUGGCGGUGAAGAGGCUACACGAGCACAACUACAGAAGAAUGGAGCAGUUCAUGAACGAGAUCAAGAUCCUUACAUCGCUGCGGCACAAGAAUCUCGUGUCACUCUACGGAUGCACCUCCGCCUCCAGCAAGGAGCUGCUACUCGUCUACGAGUACGUCGCCAACGGCACCGUCUCCGACCAUCUCCACGGCGGCAGAUCGCCUCUGACAUGGCCCGACCGGAUGAGGAUCGCGCUAGAAACGGCCGGAGCCCUGGCCUUCCUCCACAAAUCCGACAUCAUCCACCGCGACGUCAAGACCAGCAACAUCCUCUUAGACGCCAACUUGUCGGUCAAACUCGGGGAUUUCGGGAUCUCGAGGCUGUCCACUGUGGACGCCACGCAUGUGUCCACGGCCCCGCAGGGGACGCCGGGGUACGUGGACCCCAGCUACCAGAGGAGCUACCAUUUGAGUAGCAAGAGCGAUGUUUAUAGCUUUGGAGUGGUUCUGGUGGAGCUGGUGUCGUCGAGGCCGGCGGUGGAUAUAAGUAGGAGGAGUGAUGAGAUUAAUUUGGCGAGCAUGGCUGUGAGCUGGAUUGAGAGGGGGGCGUUUGUGGAGCUGGUUGAUGAGUUUCUUGGAUUUGGGAGCGAUGGGGAGGUUGCGAGGAUGAUUACGGCGGUGGCGGACCUGGCGUUUAGGUGCCUGCAUGUGGAGAAGGAGAUGAGGCCGUGCAUGGAUGAGGUUUUGAGUGUUUUGAACCACAUUUGUGAAGGCCAUUACCAAUUUGGAGAUGACAUUUUUUCUUCAUCUCUACAGUUUGAAAGUGAAUCAAGUUUAUAAUACUACAUUACUACUACUACUAUAUGAUUCUUGACCGGAUAUAAAUGAAGUCAUCAAUUGUAUUGAUGAUUACCUAUCGCUUGUAAUUUUCAGUGAUGAAAUUAAGGUUUGAAUUGAAAUUGAACUUGUGUUGU